ACUUAUAGUAAGGAGUAAAAGUGGAGUUUAGAUGAGGUGUAUCCUACGUUUUAGAGAAACUAUUUUUUAUUUUUAGUGUUCCUAUCAUGUGCUCUCUGUGAUUAUUAGAAUUAAUUCCAAAGAAGGCUGAAGUUCUAUUGAAUCUAGCCAACUCUUGUCUAGAUCUUCUGAAAUGUUGCACAAGAAGUUGAAGUAAAAAGUGUGUGGGCAUGUGACAGCUAAUCUCUUUAGCAAUAAGACUGAAAUGUAAGCAUCUUGUUGGAAGUACUCCUUUUCUUUUUGCGAAUACAGACUAACACGGCUGCUACUCUGGCACCUAGUUCUGUGCUGCUCUUUGUUUUGCUUAGAAGCUUUUCCUUGCACAAAUUGGGCACGUAAACUCCUUUGCAUAGUCCAGUUAAAUCCUGUUGGUAGCUUCUCAGUGGAGGGUGGGGGGAUGGGAGUUUUUAAAAAUUGUUCAAUGAGUCUGUUUCAUAAUGAAAGAAUUUGCCUGAAAGGAUCUGGGAGUGUUUUGUGUAUGUCCUCUUGAAGAAUCGACAUGGAGGGAAUACCCCAGUUUCUUCAGUCUAAAAUGUUUUGGAAUGUUUCAACUAACUCCUCAGAAAGUGAAAAUGAAGCUCAGUCAGCCUUUUCACAGACUGAGCACAAUAUAGUCGCAGCUUACUUAAUAACAGCAGGGGUGAUAAGCCUUCUCAGUAACAUAAUUGUGUUAGGCAUCUUUGUUAAGUACAAGGAACUUCGGACAGCAACAAAUGCAAUUAUUAUUAACUUGGCUUUUACCGACAUCGGUGUUAGUGGCAUUGGUUAUCCUAUGUCUGCUGCUUCAGACCUACAUGGAAGCUGGAAAUUUGGCUACACCGGAUGCCAGAUCUAUGCUGCCUUAAAUAUCUUCUUUGGAAUGGCAAGUAUUGGGUUGCUUACAGUUGUUGCAAUUGAUCGUUACCUGACAAUCUGCAGGCCUGAUAUAGGAAGAAGAAUGACUACCUGCAACUAUACUUCCCUGAUCCUAGCUGCUUGGAUAAAUGCAGUCUUUUGGGCCUUGCUGCCUAUUGUAGGUUGGGCUAGCUACGCCCCAGAUCCAACAGGAGCCACUUGCACAAUAAACUGGCGGAAAAAUGAUGCGUCCUUUGUUUCUUAUACAAUGAUCGUAAUUGCUGUUAAUUUUGUCGUGCCCUUAACAGUCAUGUUUUACUGUUACUACAAUAUUUCCCGAACAAUGAAACAGUACACUACCAGUAACUGCCUGGAGAGCAUCAACAUAGACUGGUCUGAUCAAGUAGAUGUAACAAAGAUGUCUAUUGUGAUGAUUGUGAUGUUUUUGGUGGCUUGGUCUCCAUAUUCCAUUGUAUGCUUAUGGUCUUCCUUUGGAGACCCAAAGAAGAUUUCUCCUGCAAUGGCCAUCAUAGCACCUCUAUUUGCAAAAUCUUCCACAUUUUAUAACCCCUGUAUUUAUGUCAUUGCAAACAAAAAGUUCCGGAGAGCAAUCCUGGCAAUGGUUCGAUGUCAAACUCGGCAGGAGAUAACUAUUAAUAACGCCUUACCAAUGAGUGUCUCUCAAAGCACACUAACAUGACGAGGCUGCUUGAAAGCACUGCCACUUUAUUUACCCUAUAGUAUAUGUUUUGUACACUACAUGGAAAUAAGUGGUCAAACCUGGGCCACAAUUACAUUUGUAUUACACUGUAAUAAUAAUCCACUCCAACAUGCCAGUUUGUUUCUCUUUGUCUCGAUAAUAUUUAAUACAGUUUUUUCUUAAAAUGCCAAGAUUUUAGUACUGAAGACUAGGCUAAUUGGCAUAAUAUGCUUAUCCCUCUCAAAAGGCGAUCGUGAAUGCUCAGUGUGUUUUGUAACUCUUGGAUAGUGGGAUAAAAUGGUGUGGGAGAGAGGAAGGGAGAAUAAAGCGGGAUCUGCUUAAUUGUGCUACAGUAAUGGAAAUAAAUUUUGUGUAUGCAUAAUUCUUUUGGUAUGUGUAAUUUCCCUCUUUGAACUCUAAACCAGUUCCCAAAACUUCUGGCACAGUACUACUGUAUCCUGCAUUCCCUUCCGUGUCUUAAAUGCACAGAUUGAUCUGACCUGAAAAGGUUGCUUCUGUGAGUACUGUAGUAUGCAGACCUAUUUAACUCCAGUAUUGCCAACUCUCUUUAUUAUCAGUUUUGUGAUAUUUGGUGUU